AUGCCAGUCCAAGGUCUUCGAACGGUCACAUCAGCCAGGAAUGGCGUUGGCGCCUUCAUCCUUCAAUGCAAGCGCCUUGACUUUCACUACUGCAACCAUGGCGGCAGUUCUCGGGGAAUGCUCGCCUUCCUGACCCAGACUCUCCCCGAAUUCGCCCGCGAAAACCCCCAAAUCGAAGUCCGAGUAGCACCCCGACACGGCAAGCACCCUGUUAUCAAGGGCGAGUACAUCAAUGGUCGCGAGAAGGCCAUCUGUGUACGAAACAUGGAGCCCGGCGAGAUCCUCAAGAAGGCGAUGAUCUUGAAGGAUGCCAGCGGAGAGAAGCUCAAGCGGACCAAGAAGCCCGUCACGAGUCUUAACGAGAGUGUGCGUGGUAUCUGGUCACCAUACCAUGGAGAUCUGCGUGGUGUAUAA